GCCACGUUGCCUCUCGACGGGCUGAACCUGUGGCACGCGCUUGUUGCCAACAAGACCUCGCCACGUCGGGACCUCUACUAUGGCAUCACGGAUCAAUCCGUUGGACAUCACGGCCCCGCGCUGCGAAGCGCAGAGGGCUGGAAGCUGAUUUGCGGCACGGGGGGCGGCACGGGCGACUGGCCCCCACGGCCCGGAAGGUUCCUCAACGAGUCCUCAAGAGAGCUGUCGACGCUGGACGACCGGGCUCACAAUGAGACGUAUCUCCUGUUUGACCUCCGCGGGGAUCCCGCAGAGCGCAGUGACAUCAGCGCAUCCCAUCCGGAGAUCGUCCGAUCUCUGCUAGCGGACCUCCGAAAGUAUGAGGCGACCGCAGCGCCGCAGGCUACCGGUGACCCAAGCUGCCCUCCGUUCCGACCAC